CACUUUUCCAGUUCUGUUUUAGGACAGUUUGAGGCUUCACCAUGUGGCUUCUGCAAAUGGGUUUUCUUUUUCUUCUUUUUGUUUCCAUUUCUUUAUCUCUCUACUUUAAACCUUUAUCUUCUUUUGUUGUGUUCUCUUAACAGGUGGUAACUGGUUGUCUCAUCAUGCAACCAAUGCCCAUUUAUUCUUUUCUCAGCUUCUUUCUUCUCUUUUGAAUGGUAUUCUUUUCUCAAUUAUUUACAUCUUUUGAAUUGAUGCAUUAAUAAUAUUCAGGUUUUUCUUUUGAUCAUUUUUGUUCAAUUCAGCACAAAAUUUAAUUUGGUAAACUCAAACAAACAAGCCCAUAUAUUAUUAAACAAAUUUAUUCACCGAUUUGGGGUCUAGCUGGUUGUUUUGCAAAUGACUUCUUGGUCAAAAGUUCCACUCUCUCUUUCUUUCUCUGUUCCUACUUUUAAUUUCUUUAUUUCUUUUCCAAACAAUUCUGUCGUUGAUAUAGCUUAUUAAUGAUUUAAAGCUAGUUGAAUUCUUGGGUUGGUGGAGAAUUUGUAGAGAAGGCUCAAAAGAAUCUCCAUUUCUUCAUUCUGCUUUGUAAUUUUGAAAUGUUUUCAAGCUAUCUCUAUGACUUGAUAAUUAAGAAAAGCACCCAGUCCUUUAGAAAUUUUGUCUUUUUCAUGUAAAUUCAAUUUCUACCAAUUAGCUGCUUUGAGCUUGAUUCUCAAGACACCCUUUCUUUCCAUUCAAAAAGGCCUGCAAAUCAAAUCCUUAUGAGCGUGGAGAUAAAUACAAAAGGAUAUAUGCUGCUGUGAUUUCCAUUUCAAUUCAAGACUAGAGAAGUUGUAGAGUGAAAAGGGAAACGGAACGCAAAAGUGGGAGAUGGGAUGUUCCACAUCAAAGCUAGAUGAUGAAGAGACAGUGCAGCUUUGUAGAGAUCGAAAGAGCUUCAUCAAGCAAGCUGUUGAGCAGAGAAGAAGAUUGGCUUCUGGACACAUAGCCUAUAUUCAGUCCUUGAAAAGAGUUUCAGCUGCUCUUCGUGAUUACAUUGAAGGAGAUGAGCCUCGUGAAUUCUUGUUAGAUUCAUUCAUAACCCCACCUUUCACACCUCUAAAGAAAACAAAUCCCAGCUUCAUCACAAUCUCACCCAAAUCCUUAUCAUCAUCAACACCAAUUCAGUCGCAGCCUAAUUCAUGUUUGAAAGUAAAUUAUCUGAGAUCAGGUGGGGAGCCAGCUGUGUUGGUGGAGGAGAGGCCUCAGUCACCAGAGACUGUCAGAGUUGAAACUUACUCUCCAAUGCACCAUUUUGGGAUUGAUGGCUUCUUUGCAAUGCAAUCCUCACAUAUGAGUUCUUCAUUCUUCUCUUAUUCCCCAAACAAUAGACCCAAUAUUCCUCCUCCUUCACCUCAAACAUCCCAAUGGGAUUUCUUUUGGAAUCCGUUUUCGUCAUUUGACUACUAUGGCUAUGGAACAAGGAAUAGUCUUGAUCAGACAAUCAUGGAUGAUGACAUUGGAGGUCUAAGGCAGGUCAGAGAAGAAGAAGGGAUACCAGAACUAGAAGAAGAAACAGAACAAGAAGAGUCUAGUUAUAAGGCAAAUGUGACAGAAGAGAGAGCUAAAGUUGAUCUAAAUUGCUCUGAAGAAGAAGGUGAUGAAGACAUCGAUGAGGGUGAGGAUGAGGAGGAAGAAACAGAUAGUGGAACUGAAAUUGAGCAUGAGGUGAACGGCUUACAAUCGCGUCGUGGAAGAAGAGAAAUAUCAUCAAAAGCUCAAACUGUAGGAAAAAUGGAAGCUACAAAUCAGGAACUGGAGGUUGGUAAUCAAGAAGCCAAUGAAGAAACACCAGGCUUUACUGUUUAUGUUAAUAAGAGGCCAACAAGCAUGGCAGAAGUUGUCAAGGAUCUUGAAACUCAAUUCAUGAUUAUUUGCAAUUCAGCCAAUGAGGUUUCAGCAUUAUUAGAGGCUAGCAGAGCUCAGUAUGCAUCAACCUCGAAUGAAAUCUCAGCCAUGAAAAUGUUGAACCCAGUAGCUUUGUUCCGUUCAGCUUCAUCUCGCUCAUCCUCAUCAAGAUUUUUAGCUAAUUCUUCGAGCUCUAAAGAUGAAGGUUAUGAAAGCAGUAGUGACUUCUCAGAAGAACCCUGCAUGUAUUCAGGCAGUCACCAAUCUACAUUGGACAGAUUAUAUGCCUGGGAAAAGAAACUCUAUGAGGAAGUCAAGUCUGGAGAAAAGGUUCGAAUUUCCUAUGAGAAGAAACAAAAGCAACUCAGGAACCAAGACGUGAAAGGAGAUGACCCCUCUGCAGUUGAUAAAACAAGAGCAGCCAUUAGAGAUCUGUAUACCCAGAUAAAGGUUUCAAUACACUCUGUUGAAGCUGUUUCAAAAAGGAUCGAAACAUUAAGGGAUGAAGAAUUGCAGCCUCAACUUCUUGAAUUAGCAAAAGGACUGGCCAGGAUGUGGAAAGUAAUGGCAGAGUGCCAUCAGUCACAGAAGCGAACACUAGAUGAAGCAAAGCUUUUACUAGCCGGAAUGCCUUCAAAACUAGAUGCAAAAAAACACUCCUCCAUGUCAAUAACCGAGCCACAGAGGGUAGCCCGUUCGGCUGCCAAUCUUGAGACAGAACUCAGGAAUUGGAGAGACUGCUUUGAGUCAUGGAUCACUUCUCAGCGAUCCUAUGUACAUGCACUGACUGGCUGGCUUCUCCGGUGUGUCCAGACCGAUCCUGAAUCUUCAAAAGCACCGUUCUCUCCUCGUCGGUCCAAUGGUACCCUUCCAAUAUUCGGACUUUGCAUCCAAUGGUCAAAGUUUCUCGAUGCCAUCCGCGAAAGGCCGGUGCUCGAUGGACUGGACUUUUUUGCGGCCGGGAUGGGGUCUGUCUAUGCUCAACAGGCAAGAGAGGAUUCUCAUCGUGCACCGGUUGGAUCAAAGAGAUUUGGAAGUGGAUUAAUGGAGGAAUCUGAUGGGAAUAUGAAAAUGGUGGAGGUUGGCCAGGUAGAAGAGGUGAUAAUGACUGCAGAGAAAAUGGCUGAAGUUGCAAUAAGGGUGCUUUGUGCUGGAAUGUCAGUUGCUAUGAGCUCCAUGACAGAAUUUGCUGUUGCUUCUGCUGAAGGAUAUGCUGCACUUGUUCAUCAAUGGGAGAACACCCAUGAUGUGGCUGCAUAGUUCAAGUAGCACUGAUAUGUAAUUACACUUAAAAGGUAUUUUGUUGGAUACUUUAGGAAUGGGUGUCGGUGUAAAUUAAAAAUAUAACUUGUUAGCUGAUACAAGGUGUAGUUUAGAGUAAUUGGCAUCCCCAUCUCUCCCAUUUAUUUUACUUUAUUUAGUUUUCCAGAUGACCAAGGAGAAGAGGAAAUAGAUUAAUUUGAAAUCCCAAAACCAGUUGGGAUUGGGAAGGUUGUAAUAUGUAAAUUCCAGAAAUUUUCAAUUUUUUUGGAAAAAAUGUAAAAUUAGUCCAAGUGGUUAUAUUGAUUUGCAAUAAGCUUC